AUGGCCGACACUGGUACAGCCAUUAGAUAUGUGGAUAUCGGAAUCAACUUGAGUGACCCGGUAUUCAAAGGCAGGUACCACGGGAAGCAAGUCCACGACGAUGAUCUAGACGACAUCAUUCAGCGCGCACGAGAUGUGGGCUGCCAGAAGUUUAUGGUAACUGGCUCCGAUUUAAAGGAGUCCAAGCAUGCUAUCGAAAUCGCUCAGAAAUACCCUGGAUUUUGCUAUGCAACUGUUGGGGUUCAUCCUUGUCAAGCAAAGCACUUUGAUGACUUUCCCGGUGGUCCAGAGAAAUUGUUGGAUGAACUUAGGUCACUAGCUUUGGAGUCACAGAAGGCAGGUCAUGCUGUUGCUUUCGGGGAGAUUGGGUUAGAUUACGACAGACUAUUCUUGAGUGCCAAAGAACCGCAGCUUAAGUACUUCGAGGCGCAGCUUGAAAUUGCCGUCGAAAUUCAGCUGCCUCUUUUCCUCCAUUCCCGCGCAGCCAGUGAAGACUUUGAGAGGCUACUGGCACCAAAGCUGGAAAAACUGCCGAACCGCGGGCUGGUCCAUAGUUUUACAGGGACUAUGGAGGAAAUGAACAGGAUGGUGGCGCUCGGCCUAGAUAUCGGAGUCAACGGGUGCAGCUUGAAGACAGAAGAGAAUCUCGAGGUCGUAAAGGCCAUCCCCUUGGAUAGACUGCAAAUUGAGACUGAUGGUCCAUGGUGCGAGAUCCGUCCGUCGCAUGCCUCGUCUAAAUUCUUGACCGGUGCACCCCCUUUACCAAAAGCAGUCAAAAAAGAAAGAUGGCAGAAGGGGCUUAUGGUAAAAGGCCGAAAUGAGCCCGUUGCAAUUGCCCAGGUCGCGCACGUAAUUGCCGCGGUCAAGGGGAUAACAGUGGAGGAGGUCUGUGAAGCUGCGUGGUCCAAUUCGAUAAAGAUGUUUGGGCUAGGAGAGGAAGCUCCUUAG